UUUUACUUUCUGACAUGACUCAAAAGUUUAUUUAUUUUUUUAUUCAUGUAUUAAAUUUUAUUUUUCUAACUAAUUUACGGUUUUCAAUUAACAAUUGAAUAUAUAAAAUUUGUACUUCCAUUAAUAUAAUUAUUUUAAUAAAAUAAAUUAUUAUUUACCACUGAUAUAUUCCUUCGAACAAAUAUUCAAUGGGCAAACUCAAGGCAGACUGCUCCGAAGAUAAUGCUCCGAAAUCAGACGAUGGAGAGCUAUCUUCUCAAAGCUCACAAGAUGAGUUUCAAGAAGAGCAGAAAGUCAUAAGAACACACAAAGGAAACCAUCGCAGAACACUUCACAGACGAGUUAAAAAAACUACGAAUGUCAAAGUAGUUAAAAGGAAAAUAAAGUCUACUCAACCAACUACCAAACCAAUACCGACCAACGAUGUGUCUGUUAAUAAUUCCUGUAACUCGAAUAAAAUUCAAACGAAACUUGAUAAUGAUCCUGACCCCGAUACAGAUUCUAAAUCAGACAUCGAAGAAGAUGAAUGCAUACCAAAUGGUUGCAAAUUUAUCGAGUGUUUUAUUUGCAGUUGUAGAUUCAGUAAGAUCUAUAAUCUACGGAUUCAUAUGGCAACACAUUUGAAAGAAGACUCUUUUGAUAUGGAAACUUUUGAAAAAUCCGAAAUAUUUAAUAUUCUUAAUCCACAUAAGAGAAAUAUUAAUUCAAAAACCAUUCAACAGUUCGUGAUACAGGAAAUCCAAGCUAAACGUUAUUCUCAAUUUUAUUGCAUUCUUAAUGAAGCAGCAGUUGAGCUGCACAUAAGUGACUCGGAAACAGACUCAGACGAUGCUAAUGAUGUUAUACCUCACAACAACUAUCGUUGUGAAAUGUGUAAAAAGAAUUUCGAUCGACGAUACAAAGCGUUGUUUCAUCAAAAAACUGCUCACACUAAAAAAGACUUGGUCAUUGAGUGUGACUAUUGUCUAAAAAAAUUCGUCUGUAUGAAUCUAUUGAUCCAUCAUUUAAAAACUCAAUGUGAAAGUGACGAAAAGCCAGUACCGUGCACAGAACGUUUUAUGAAAUUUCUCCUUAAAGUAAAUUUGGAAUAUUAUGCCAAUUUAGCCGAGGCCAGAGAACAAAAGAAACAAAAGAAAGUUAAUGAAGGUCCUAAAUCGUACACUUGCAAAAUAUGUGAAAAAACAUUUACACGUCAUGAGCAUCUCAAUCGUCAUAGUGCUGUGCAUCUUCCCGAUGAGAUGAAGUUUGAGUGCGCUAUCUGUAAUCGACGGUUCAAUAGAAAAGACAAUAUGCGAUCCCAUAUGAAGACACACACUGAGGAAGGAACACGAAAUGCCGAGUCGAGAAAAAUUCUUUGCUCUUACUGUGGACGAAGUUUUAGUAGCAAAUCUAAUUAUGUGGUUCAUAUGCGUCGUCACACUGGUGAAAAGCCUUACAAAUGCGAUGUUUGUGGCAAGGGUUUUCCAAAAUCUACAGACCUUAAUUCGCACAAGAUCACCCAUACAGGAGCUAAAGAUUACGUUUGUACAAUUUGUAAUAAGCCAUUCGCCAGGUCAGCUGUACUCUCGAAACACAUGAAACUACAUAGCGGACCGUACCCGUGUACAUCUUGUGACAAGAUAUUCCCAAAACCAAGUGCUUUGACUAUUCAUUUGAGAACGCACACAUCUGGAAGGUGGUGUGGGUGCUUAGUGUGUAAUGAAACAUUUCAAACAAAAGGUGAACUACACAUGCAUUUUGCUGAAACAGGGCACAGCAAUGAACCAAAACGGGUUUUGGUGAUUAAGGAACCUCUGGUAGUAGAUAAACCAAUUGAAAAUAUUUCUGCUACAACAGAUGAGGAACUAGCAUCUAAUGUUAAAAAAAAGACAGCAAAUGAUGAUCCUUUGGAAAUCGAUGAAGAAGAAUGGCGAACUACAAAAGUUAAAGUGCCUGUUAAUGAAGUAAUAAAAAGUGUUUUGCAAAAGUCCACAAUUACGACCGAACAAGAAGUAGUUAAGGACGAUAGUAAGGAAAGUGAUAAUCUCAUACCACCAUUCUCUCCCAUAGAUAAUGGUUUCGAUGAUGAUCCUCAAUACGACUGGUAGUACAUGGUACGAAUGAUUAAUAAAAAUAAUUUUAAGUUUUAUUUUAGAUUAAACAAAAAGUGUCUGAUCAUAAUGUUUUGUUAGUACAUAUACUGACUUUAAUGAAAGCAUUUUAAUUUUUUUAUUAAAAUAUAUUCUAUAUGAAAUAAA